CAGAGGGGUCACUGCCCCCCCAGUGACCCCCCCGUGCCCCCCCCAGAUCAUUCACUUCCUGCGCACCCGCGCCCACCCCACCAUGGCCAAGCAGACCCCGGUGUUGCCCCCCACCAUCACAGACCAGAUCCGGCUGUGGGAGCUCGAGCGGGACCGGCUGCGGUUCAGCGACGGUGUGCUGUACAACCAGUUCCUGUCCCAGGUGUCCCCAGGUGUGCUGUACAACCAGUUCCUGUCCCAGGUGGAUUUCGAGGUGCUGCGGGACCACGCCCGGGCCCUGGGGGUGCUCGUCUUCGAGAACCCCCCCCGGCGCCUCAUGGUUGUCACCCCCCAGGGGCACCCCGACGUCAAGAGGUUCUGGAAGAGGCAGAAGCAGAGCUCCUGAGCCCCCCCCAAAAAACCCCAAAAAUAUCCCCAAAAAAUACCCCCCAAAAAUACCCCAAAAAACUCCCAAAAAUACCCCAAAAAA